AUGGACAGUGAGAAGAUUUAUAGCCACAAGAACAUAUUGCUAACAAGCAUGCUGGGAACAUUAACUCUACUGACAAUUUUACGGGAAAGAUUUUGGAUAGUGAAAGGGAAAAGAACUGUCCGGAGUGUUAUCAAAGAAUGCUUAACAUGUACAAGGCAAAAGGUAAAACAUCUUGAGGUACCUUUUCCGCCUCUUCCAAACGACCGAACAGAAGUAGAAGCAGUUUUUCAAGUAUCAGGUGUAGAUAUAGCUGGACCUCUGUUGACUAAAUCUAAACAAAAGGUGUGGAUAGUACUUUUUACUUGCGCCGUAUUUAGAGCUGUCCAUCUUGAGCUAAUACCUUCACUGAGUACCAACGACUUCAUCCAAGCUAUGCGUAGGUUUAUAGCCAGAAGAGGACGAAUUUCUGUGAUGUAUUCAGACAAUGGUAUUAGUUUUACAGGACUAAACAACGCUCUAAAACAAUUAGACUGGACUACAAUUGAAAGUGAAUUUAAGAGUCAACGAAACUCGUUAGAAAGUUUAUCCCACCCUCCUUCUCCAUGGUGGGGACGCUUCUGGGAACGCUUGAUUGGGAUUUUGAAAGAUCUUUUAAGAAAAAAAUCUUGGGACGCUCCUGUUUGUCUUACGAGGGAAUCGCAGACUCUCGUCUGUGAAUGCGAAUCUAUCAUGAACAGCAGACCGUUAACUUACAUAUCCGAGGAACAAGAUCUGAAGACCUUGACCCCCUCAAUGUUUCUCAGGACAUUCCAUUAA